CCAGAACCUAAGAAGUUUGGAAGAUAAUCACAUUUUGCUGGUAGCUGUGCAGGCACUUUUAAGAACCUAGGUUGGAGGUGAUAAAAUGGCGACCCCAAUACUCAAUCCAGCUUAGAAUGUGGCGAUCAAUCCUGGUGGAUGUAGCUAGACUUAGUUAACUGUGUGUGAAGCCAUGCUCUGAGAUAUAAUAACCAAAAUAUGCUGGACCUACAGUAAAAACUGAUUAUUUCUUGGAUGCAUAAUGGAGAUGGCAAUCUAUUCAUAUUCAAGACAAUUGUUCAGCAGACUGUUCUGUGACAUCUUACAUUUACACAGGUCCCAUUAUCACCAUGGUAGGUCCAAGCAUAUAUUACUGUCUCAUCUCUUUCAGCCAAUGAAUCUCCGUGAGGACAGAACUAUUGGGGCUGGCCGGUCCAGUGAGAUUACCUGCAAGAGCCAAAGACUGAUGCUUCAGGCGGGUCUUAUUCAGCCAGCCAAUACAGGCUGCUUUCACUAUCUGCCAUAUACAGUUCGAGCCAUGGAGAAACUUGUUCGUGUGAUUGAUAAGGAAAUGCAGUCCAUUGGGGGUCAGAAGGUGAAUAUGCCCAGCCUCACCUCAGCAAGUCUGUGGAAGACCAGUGAACGUUGGGACCUUCUGGGGAAGGAACUAUUCAGACUGAAGGAUAGGCAUAACAUGGAAUACUGUUUAAGUCCAACACAUGAGGAAGCAGUGACGGAGCUCAUUGCCAUGCAGGGUAAUCUCUCGUACAGACAGCUACCUUUGAUGCUUUACCAAGUGACAAGAAAGUUCCGAGAUGAGCCAAAGCCACGUUUCGGUUUGCUCCGUGGACGAGAGUUCUACAUGAAGGAUAUGUACACGUUUGAUGUCUCAGAAGAAGCUGCCAUGGAGACCUAUGACCUUGUUUCCCAAGCUUAUAGUCGCAUCUUUGACCAGUUGGGAUUGCAGUUUGUAAAGGUGCAGGCAGACACUGGCAGCAUUGGUGGUAAAAUGUCUCACGAGUUCCAGCUGCCAGCUGACAUUGGGGAGGAUCGCCUUUUAAUAUGUUCUGACUGCCAUUUUGCAGCCAAUGUCGAAGCAAUGACAGACAUUGAAACAAACUGCCCGCAGUGUCAUGGAAAGCUGAAAGAAAGCAAAGGCAUUGAGGUGGGACACACUUUUUACCUUGGGACAAAGUAUUCAAAUAUCUUAGGUGCCUCGUAUUCCAACACUGAGAAUAAGCCCGUCAUAGCCGAAAUGGGUUGUUUUGGUCUUGGAGUCACGCGAAUACUAGCCGCUGCCAUAGAGGUUUUGUCAACGGAAGAUGACAUUCGCUGGCCAAGCCUCCUGGCCCCUUACCAAGUUUGCAUCAUUCCGCCUAAGAAAGGCAGCAAGGAAGAACUGAGCCUAGGUCUAUCUGAAACGCUGUAUGAUACUCUAAUAGAUGCUGUCCCCCAGCUUCGUGGAGAGGUACUCUUGGAUGACCGAAGCCACCUGACUAUAGGCAAGAGAUUGAAAGAUGCCAGUCGUCUGGGUUACCCGUAUGUUGUCGUUGCAGGGAAGAGGGUUUUGGAAAAUCCACCUGUUUUUGAAGUCAACUGCCAAAAUAAUGGGAAAACAGUAUUUCUCACGCAAGAAGGUGUCUUGGACUUUUUGAGAAAUGUGAAGAUUGCUUAGUACAUGUCAUUGUGUUAGUCUAGGACCACCUAUACUGGUGAAAGUGCUUUGCUGUAGUUUGUAGACCCUUGAAAUCAGGGUUUUUUUGAAAGUGUACAGAAAAGGAAAUUGUACACAAUGAUAUAUCUGGUAUAAUUAUGCUGUUUCCUUUAUGGCAGGGAACUGUUAAAGAUUACUAAGCUGUAUCAAAGGAAGUAACAAUCAAGAUGCUUUUAUAUGAAUUACUAAUAGUGAAAGAGACUUAAUCAAUGUACAGUUUUGGAGAAUGCAGUGCAGCAAUUGAAACUGAAGCUAUGGUAUUGCAGACAAUGGGAUCAGUAACAAAGCAAACCUAAAUAAAAACUAAAAUUUAUACCAAGAA